GAACUUGCUCUUGCUCGGGAGAAUUAAAUAUGAUCUGGAAUCUUUAGGGGCAGGGGUGAGAAUGGUAAACCUUGCCACUAUCCAGUCCAGACCACCCCAUGCCUGUGAGGCCAGUAAUGGUUACUCUCUCCUGUUCACAUCUCUUUCUGCCCCCAAACAUACACACAUAGUACAAAGGCAGCUGGUAGGGAAAGACCAAGAGUUUUUAAACUAAGCACAGAGCAAAGUUAUUUCUCCAAUGAGGAGAUGACACUUGGCUCUGGGAAGGGAGCUGGAGGAGAAAGGGCAAUGCAGUUUGGAUGUUAAGGAAUGGAAGAGAGCCUGGGAAGCUCAGGAAUAGGAGAAAAGGAGACCUCUGCCCAUCCUUACUUGGGGGUCCUUUGUCUAGCAGGUACUAGAAGACACUGUGAGGAUGGUGACUUGAAAGGUAGGGUCACACCAACUCACAUUCCCAUAUCUGCCAUGUGAUGUGUGGGCUUUACAGGGUAGAAGGGUGUAUGGAGUAAAGGGCAGAGAAACUUAGCUGUUGGUCUCCAUGUAGGAGUUUAUCGUCCCUGCUCCCUGAUAGUUCAGCAGACAGCAGAGGACUAUUUUUUCCAAAUGUUGAAUUUCUCCCUACAUAUGUGGUUGUGGCCAGGAAGGGGAUAAGUUAUUUGAAGACCUGAAUGGCACAUUCUCAACACUCAGGAGUGACAUCUUGCCUGAGAGAGACACUCGGAGGAGGAAGAAGAUGAGGAGUCAGGAAUAAAUCUUUAUCUGGAAAAGGGUUUAUCUAAAGAGGCAUUUCUUGAUACAUUUAUCUUGAUUGGGACCCAAGUUAAUCAGAUUUGUCCUUUGGAUUACAACACUGAUGAGGUUGCCAACUGCAUUAAAAGAGAGUUCACCAUCAAAAUGAUGCAUUUUCUAGAAAGAGAAAGAAGCUCUGAACUCUGGAAUGUUGUGUCAGCAUCCUUGAUAAAUAUUUGGUUUCACUGGAUUUUCCAUCUGUUUGGGUUCUGCCUUGCCUCCUGUUGCUUGGGCUGUGUGUAAGUGAAAACCCAGAAGUCAGCUGGCAGCUGAGCUAGUUACGAUGGAAUCACAGGAAUCAGUGACCUUCAAGGAUGUAGCUGUAGACUUCACCCAGGAAGAGUGGGCCCUACUGGACACAUCCCAGAGGAAACUAUUCAGAGAUGUGAUGCUAGAGAACAUCAGUCAUCUGGUCUCAGUUGGCAAUCAGCUCUACAAAUCAGAUGUGAUUUCCCAUUUGGAGCAAGGAGAGCAACUUUCAAGAGAAGAGUUAGGUUUUCUGCAAGGCCAGAGUCCAGUCAUUUCAGGUAGAGAAGAUGAUCUGAGAAAACAGGAAAUGAUAUCCAUGCAACAUAUCUACAAGAAAGACACAUCUGUAAUCAGUGCAAUGCAGAGAUCUCACAGUCAAGAGGAUCUUUUGGAAUGCAAUGAUUUCAGAGAAAAAUUUACUGAAAUCUUAACAUUGACUCAAUAUGUGAUACCUCAAGUGGGAAAGAAACCUUUUAUCAGCCAAGAUUUUGGAAAAGCCAUCAGUUACUUGUCAUCCUUUAAUAUACAUAAGCAAAUUCAUGCUAGAAGUAAAUCAUAUGAAUGUCAUCAACGUACGAAUGCCUUUAUUCAGAGUUCUGCCCUUAGGCAGCACGAUAAUACUCAAACUGGAGAGAAAACAUUUGAAUGUCAUGUAUGUAGGAAAGCCUUCAGUAAAAGUUCUAACCUUAGACGACAUGAGAUGAUUCAUACUGGAGUGAAACCACAUGGAUGUCAUCUGUGUGGGAAAUCCUUUACUCAUUGUUCUGACCUUAGAAAACAUGAAAGAAUUCACACUGGAGAGAAAUUAUAUGGAUGUCAUCUGUGUGGGAAAGCCUUCAGUAAAAGUUAUAACCUUAGGCGACAUGAGAUAAUUCACACUAGAGAGAAACCAAAUGAAUGUCAUGUGUGUGGGAAAGCCUUCACUCAUUGCUCUGACCUUAGAAAACAUGAGAGAACUCACUUUGGAGAGAAACCAUAUGGAUGCCAUCUAUGUGGGAAGACAUUCAGUAAAACUUCUUACCUUAGACAACAUGAGAGAACUCACAAUGGAGAGAAACCGUAUGAAUGUCAUCUAUGUGGGAAGGCCUUCACUCAUUGUUCUCACCUUAGAAAACAUGAGAGAACUCACACUGGAGAGAAACCAUAUGAAUGUCAUCUGUGUGGAAAAGCCUUCACUGAGUCUUCUGUCCUUAGACGACAUGAGAGAACUCACACUGGAGAGAAACCAUAUGAAUGUCAUCUGUGUUGGAAAGCCUUCACUGAUUCCUCUGUCCUUAAGCGACAUGAGAGAACUCACACUGGAGAAAAACCAUAUGAAUGUCACCUAUGUGGGAAAGCCUUCAAUCACUCUUCUGUCCUUAGACGACAUGAAAGAACUCACACUGGUGAGAAGCCAUAUGAAUGCAAUAUAUGUGGUAAAGCCUUCAAUAGAAGUUAUAACUUUAGAUUGCAUAAGAGAAUUCACACUGGAGAGAAACCGCAUAAAUGUUAUCUAUGUGGGAAAGCCUUCAGUAAAUAUUUUAACCUUAGACAACACGAGAGAACUCAUGCUGUAAAGGUAGUAAACGUGGAAGAUUCACCACCCAUAGCUUCAAAGUAUAAACACUAUUGUGGACUCCCACAGUGAAGAAAUACUAUGUUUAUAUUCAGUGUAUAAGAGCCUUUAUUCAUCCUUAUUACUCCACUCAAAGUUAAUACAAAGUGGAGAGAAUCCAUAUGUAUGUUACCUAUGUAACAAAACAUUUAGCAGUGGACCCAGGUGGGAGAACUGAAACUGCAAAUGGAAUGAAUGUGGGAGAAUCUUUAUCCUCAGCUGUAACUGUUAAACUAAAUGGAUAAAUCACAUGUCAGAGAAAUUCUAUGUCUGUAAUCAGUG